AUGUUCCCGUCUUCAUCACUUCCUGUCCUCCUUCUGUGUAUGCUGACAGCAUCCAGCUCAGAAAUAAAAAUCUCCGAGGAUGCCCUGAAGACCUGCUCAGCGAUCGCCUGUGGCAUCCCAGGCAGAGAUGGACGAGAUGGACCCAAGGGAGAAAAGGGGGAACCAGGGCAGGGGCUCAGAGGCUUGCAGGGUCCUCCGGGGAAAAUGGGGCCUCCAGGAAACACAGGGCCUCCUGGGGCUCCAGGAGUAAAGGGCACCAAAGGAGACCGUGGAGACAAUUCAGUUGUGGAGACUAAGCUGGCUAACCUGGAGGCAGAGAUGAGGAGACUGAAAUCGGAACUGGACCAUGUCAAAAAGUUGCAAGCCUUCUCCUUGGGCAAAACACCUGGGAAGAAGUUCUACGUGACCAACGGUGAAAGAAUGCCUUUUUUCAAAGUGAAGGCCCAGUGCGCCGAGCUCCAGGGCACCGUGGCCACGCCGAAGAACGCUGAGGAGAAUAAAGCCAUCCAGGAUAUGGCCGGCAGCCCUGCCUUCUUGGGCAUCACGGACGAAGUGACUGAAGGCCGGUUUAUGUACGUGACGGGAGGGAGGCUUGCCUACAGCAACUGGAAGAGGGAUGAGCCUAACGACCACGGCUCAGGGGAGGAUUGUGUGAUCCUCCUCCAGGACGGGCUCUGGAAUGACAUUUCCUGCUCUUCCUCCUUCCUGGCCGUCUGUGAAUUCCCAGCCUGA